CGGCCGCGUCGUCCGCGACACAGUGCAUUUAAAUAGUGUGUGUAGGUACAUGCGAGAGAGAGUUUAGACGAGGUAGGCAGAGGGGUUUCCGGCGAGCGUUAACAGAGUAACAGAGUGAUGUAAUGAGGCCCGGAAGCAGGCAAUUUGCUGGCCGCGGCGGCCGCAGUUGCGCGAGACAACCUGCCCGGAGUACCUUCUUCUUGAUAUCAGAUCCAGCCUCUUCACCAGCCGAUAUCCGACGAAUUCCGUGCGACAACGGAUCAGCCCAAACCGCGCACGCGCCGUACCUAUCGUUAUCCCGCCAAUCCGAGUCUUCUCGAUAUCUUCGAUUGAUCGAUCCAUUGUUUGUAUCGAUGCCUCAGUGAAAUUUUGCGUUGUUGGGAAAAAAAAUGGCGCGUCGUCGCGAGUCUCGUGUCAAGUUUCUUUCGUUGGAACGCAAAGUGUACGUACACAAGUAGAAGUGGAAGAAGAAAUUAAGUGUAACGCCGUACAAGAGAUGGAAAGAUUGUGAGAAGAUAAUGGUUAGAAGUCGAUGAAUACAAGGAGAGUCGAAUAUACGGGCUCUUUGGUGAUGUACGACAGCGCUAGCUGUUCGUACGCAGGUGCGCUCGAAUUAAAAGGAGCCUCCGGAGCCGGAGCCGCGGCAACAGGAGUAACCGCGGCCGGCGUCAAACAGGAGAACUGGCCGUAUCGCGGCCUCACCUGCGGUAGCACGUUCCAGAGGCUCAAGGAGAGCGUCGACAAGGCGAAACAGGCGCUCGCCGACCGCGGUGGAUACCUCUCUGGUGCUUUCUCGCCGCCGCCACGUGCCAAUCCAUCCGCCAUUUCGCCGACCGCCUCCAUCACCGAUGCCAGCAGCUCGUACAAAGGAGGCUGGAGCCACGCCACGUCGCCGGCUCCUGGACAGGGGUACGGAAGCAGCUUAUCCAAAUCAGCAUUGGACACGCACACCCACCUCAGGCAGCCUGGUAUGUAGUAGGUAGAUAUUUUUCAGAAGUUCAAAAGCACUA